AUGAGCAAGAUGGAAAAGCUCUCCAAGGCCGUGUGUCAUGUCACUGGAUCAAAACAUUGCGGUUUAGUCUCGAACGGUGACAACUCGGUGACCUUGUUGCCCUUCCCCAAACUUCAAGUCAUAGGGGCCGAGAUUCCCAGUGAUGAGUUGGAGUACUAUCCCGUUUAUCCAGGCUAUCUUUCGUCCAAGAAUGGUCCCAAGAUGACGUCAGAGUUCCUAAGCGAUGUUUCUGGGAAGGUCACUGCUGUGACUGGUAUUGCACCAGAUGGUCAGUUCGAUAAGACCUUCUUCGGUGAAGCCGCGGACCAAGAUCUCAUGGCCCGCCUUAUCAGGGGCGAUCUACCGCAGCAUCGCAUUUGGGAAGAUGCCGGACAUGCCGCCAUGAUCUCUCCUAAGGGCAAAGUUCCAGGAUACACAAUCGUCGUACCUCGCGCCCAUCUGGCUCCCGACCUCCUCAACCUCCCCGACGAGGAGUAUGACUCACUUAUUGCAGCCAGCCAUGCUACUGCUCGUGCAUUGAUGCUAGGUCUUGGAGUAGCUCGUUGUGGAAUGUUUUUUGAAGGGUUUGAGGGCCACUACGCUCAUACCAAGAUCAUUCCAAUCCACGAGCCCUCUCCCUCCCAGCAACUCGAUAUCGCUGUCCGAGGCCCCGCGCCCUAUAGUGAGGAUUAUCAGGGGUAUAUGACUACCCAACUAGGACCAACGGUAAAGGACGAGGCCGCGCUAAUUGUUCUCGUGGAGAAAAUUCGUGCUGAGGUUGAUGCACUGAAAAUUUGA